AUGGCGCGUCUGCUGCAAGCGCUGCGCCGGAUCCUGGGAUCGACUCCCUCACCUUCGCCCACAAUUCCAACUCCGUCUGUACCAUCUCAAUCUGUUGUUCCGCGUCGAUUCCCAUCCAUUGAUACCAAUUUCACCUAUUUCCGGGAGGGAGAUAGAGUCUUCAUCCCUGGCAGAACGCCUCUUCUGACAAAACCCCUGCGCAAAGGCGGCCGGACAGAUGCUCGUCGCGGAGGACAGUUGGAGCACGACGAUAUCAUCGGCCGGAGGGUGCGAGAUCUGAUCCCGGCGCGGAAGGGCCCGGCAUACAGACUCUUCCUCCCCACGCUUGAAGACUACGUCGCACUGACGCCUCGCCUGGUGACACCGAUCUACUCCGCAGACGCCAACCUGAUCGUCUCCCUCCUCGACAUCCACGUGGCUCCGUCGUCCGAUCCGGACCAACCGCCCCUGGAGAUCCUCGAAUCCGGCACCGGCCAUGGCUCGUUAACCCUGCACCUCGCUCGCGCCAUUCAAGGCGCCAACUCCGUCCCACCACCCUUCCCCGCCGCCUCCCAAGUCGUCAAUCUCGUCCCGUCCCCCUCUUCCUCCUCUUCCUCCUCACCAACCGCAACACCCCGCUCGAACCCCGAAACAACCACCACAACCGAAACAGAGGCCACGGAAGCCACCACCACCCAAGAAAACUGGGACGCAUGGCGCGCCCAACGCAAAGCAAUAAUCCACACCGUGGACAUCACGCGCAAAACAGCGCGACACGCCGAGACCCUCGUGCGGGGAUUCCGCCGCGGCAUCUACGCCGGCAACGUGGACUUCUCCGCGGGGCCCGUGGAGACCUGGGUCGCGGCGCAGAAGCAACAACGCAGUCGUCGUCACCAUAAUACCCGUACCAGCUUCGUCGGUGAAUCCGAUAGCCAAACGGCUACACCGGCAGAAGCAGUCGAGGGAAAAGAAGGGGAGGUAGAGCCGUUCCUCUCGUACGCGAUCCUCGACAUGCCGUCAGCGCAUCUGCGGAUCCCGCACGUGGCCUCGAUCCUGAAGCGCGACGGCCUCCUCGCUGUGUUCAUGCCCAGCGUCACCCAGAUCGGGGACUGUAUGGAGGUGAUCCGCCGGGAGCGGUUGCCGUUGGUACAGGAGAAGGUGGUGGAGCUGGGUCAGGGGAUCAGUAGUGGGCGGUUGUGGGAUGUGCGGUUCGCGUACCCGAAGGCUAAGGAUCCGCUUGCGGUGGCGGCGGCGUCGGGAGCGGCUUCUGGCGUGGAAGAGGGGGUGGAGGCGCAAGAGGAGGCGGGCGAGGCGGUUGUGUCUGCUGGGGAGGAGGUUGCGGACGGUGGUGAUGCGGCUACUACUGCUUCUUCUACAACUUCCAGCUCGGGAGUGACGGAGGAGAGUCAGGAUCCCGUGCUAGUCUGUCGGCCUAAGGUGGGACUCCGGAUUGUCGGAGGUGGGUUCGUGGGGAUCUGGAGGAGGAUUGAGGGUGCAGGGGAGAAGGUGAAUGCGAAUGCGAAUGCGAAUGUGGAUACUGAUGCUUGA